AUCUCGCUCUUAUUGUUGCUUUUCCAGUUAAUGGCUAAUGUAAAAUAUGUGCUCGAUAACAGAGCCCUAAGUCUCUUUUAAUGAUGUAAUUUCUUGCAAAUCGUCAUAACGGCUAGGAUCUUCGAAUAUAAUUAAAUUUCAAAUAUAUAUAUCUUUGUAUCGAAAUGUAAAUCCGAUUUCAAUUUCAUCCCAAACAAAUAGCACAACACGGGAGCAAUUCUAAAGUUUAUCCUCUCAAAUUCUAGAAGUUUAUUCUGCGUCUCUGUCACUUGUCGCUGGAGUGUGUCACGUGUGGCAAUUGUUUGCGAGUGUUUCCUAACUCUCGGAAUUGUAGAAAAUGGCGAACCACGUUGUCUGUGCAUUCCCUGCAGGGGACGAAAGUGACGGAAGCAACGAUGAAUGGGAUAUCGGGGAUUCAUCUAAGAAAAGACCGUCUGAAAAUGAGGCAAGUGGAGUACAUGAGGGCGAAGAAAACGACGUGUACAGAUUGAAGCAAGCCAUCAGCAAAGCAGAUAUCCAGACUGUUGAACAGUUACUGGACAAAGGUGUGGACGUGGAGACCAGACUGGCCUUUGAUUGGACGCCCCUGAUGUGUGCGGUCAACCUGGCCGACCACGCCAUGGCCAAGCUGCUACUCAACAGAGGCGCCUCCGCCAACUUCAGCAAAGGCCACUUCACGGUGCUGAUGGCCGGCUGCACGGCUUCUGCCGGGGAGGACGCCGUCGCGCACUGCGUGGAGCUCCUGCUGUCGAGAUCCGCUGACCCCAACACGGGCGACAGGUCUAAGAUGUCAUGUCUGAUGCUUGCAGCCAGGGACGGCCUCAGCAAGGUCAUCAACCUGCUGGUGUCACAUGGAGCCCAUGUCGACGCCCAGGACGUCAACGGUUACACUGCCCUGGCCCUGGCUACGCAGUACGGACGAGUCGAGGCGGCGCUGAAGCUGCUCCAGCUGGGAGCAGACAACACCCUCCGGACUAACGACGGCGAGAGUCCUGCUGACAUCGCUGUGGCCUACAAACACACACGGUUGAUCCACAUCCUCAGCACUUCGGGCCAAGGAUACAACGGCAGGAGGGACAGCCUCUCCAAGACCCCCCGGGGCGCGGCAGGAGGCCCAGACGACUCCCCAGAGCGCCUCACCAAGCUGGGGGACCUGGAGCUGCUGCUGCACGGCCUCAAGCUGGGUUACCUGGCGGACGUCAUGACCGAGAACGACGUCACCUGGAGCAGCUUGUUGACCAUGGACAGGGAGGACCUGCAGAAGGCUGGCAUCACAGACCCACAGGACCAGAAGAAGGUCCUGGAGGCAGUACAGGACAUGGUCCUGGACCGGGCGGACAUGGAAAACUUCACAGAGAUCACCGGGGACAGCGGUGAGGAGUUCUUCAGUUUCCUCCUCAGCCUCCAGCAGCAGUGCCAUUACCUGACGGAGACCGUCCAGGAAGUCAGCCGGCGCUUCCCCAAGAGGGCCUCCGAGAUGGUGUUCUCCCUAGACCCUAAGAAGGAGGCUCAGGGGGUGUGUAGGAAGCUUCUGCUCCAGGCUGGCGACUUGCAGAGGGAGGUGUCCUGUCUCUACAACCUGCUGUCCAAGACGGAGCAGGCCGGCGGCCCGGUCAGGGUCCCCGCACCCCGUCCCGUUGGCAGCAGGAGGAGGUGGUUGGUGAGCGGGGUGACGCUCAGCACUCUGGGGCUCCUCCUGGUGUGUUUCUCCCAGCGGGCCCAGCGUGUCUGGUGAGGGGAACCCCUGGGCACCGUACAGAGGCCCAGCGGGUCUGGAGAGGGGACCCCCUGGGCACCGUACAGAGGCCCAGCGGGUCUGGAGAGGGGACCCCUGGGCACCGUACAGCGGGUCUGGAGAGGGGACCCCUGGGCACCGUUCAGCGGGCGUUGGAGCCUAGACUGAGCCCAUGUUGGGAUGUCUGUUCAAGGAAUUAUACCUAACAGGGUUAUAUUAUUUCAUUGAUGUUAUUUUGUUGUUGCUUCUGAGUUUUUAUGUUAUGUUAAAAUAAAUGUUAACGCAUUUACAGUUGCA